UCGAACCCUUCACCUCCUUGCUUAUAAAAAAAGAAAUACUAAACUAUAGAAAAAUGAAAUGGGCCAGCGGACUCCCUCUUAAAUCUGGUAGUGCCGUCGUGGAGGAAAACCAGAGCCUGGAAUUAAAGCCAACGGCAACACCCACAGACCUUCCUUCCUCCGCCCUCAGAUUCUCCCCUCCUUUACUGCUACUUUGACCCCGCCAUGUCUCCCACUUUAAGGUAACCAAAUUCCAACCCCCCGCCCCCCUCUCUCUUUUCCUCGUCCCUCUCCCUCUUCGUUGCCCUCUAUUAUUUUCUUACCAUCUGUAAUAAUUCAGUAGCUAAAAGAGUACUACAAAGUCAUGGCUUCUUAUUGGGUGAUGAAAUGGUUUUGGUCUUCUAAUGUAAUCGCCUUGCUUCUUCUUUUCCUGUGGCCGCCUCUUUCCACUAGUAGAUCGGAAGCGGUUGAGACCGUGGACGUCCACGCCGCGAAACAUCUCAUGUGCUCCGGCCACCGCUACUUGGACGUCAGGACUGUCGACGAAUUCAACAAGGGCCAUCUAGAGAACGCCAUUAACAUCCCAUAUAUGUUCUUCACCCCACUAGGGAGGGAGAAAAAUCCAAAGUUUGUGGAGCAGGUGUCGUUGGUUUGCCACAAGGAUGAUCACAUAGUUGUGGGAUGUCAAAGUGGAAUGCGGUCCCUCCAAGCAACCGUGGAUCUUGUCAACGCUGGUUUCAAGCACGCAAAGAACAUGGGAGGUGGUUAUGCCGCAUGGUUGGAGAAUGGUUUUGUCGUGAAGAAACGUGAGGAAGAACCGCUUCAUGUUUAAGUUUGCUGUAGACGUCCAUCUAAUUAUGAAAUAAAAUAACUGCUAGCUAAAUAAUAUUAGCUAAUAAACCUCACGAAGACUUUCUGUGAGGAUCUUGCACAGCUCCAAUUGCCAAAACCAGCCCGGUUGUUGUUGCCGCAAAAUUUCAUGAUUUUUGUAUAACAAUUUGAUUCCGAGGUACAGUGUCCGUGCUGCCAUCUGGUUAGGCAAUUCUAGCUGGAUUGAUGGGUUAAAUAUAUUUUUGUUUGUUUCGAGGGCUAUC